AUGGAGUAUUUGCUUCUACCCGCCACGUUCAUAGUCGCCCACGCUGAGCAACUACUAGUGAACGCCACGGAGAUCACCGGCUGCAUCGAUAUCAACUUGUUUGAAGUCGGUCUGACAAUCUCCAUCGCGAGCAUCAAUAUCGGAAACAUCUUUGGUAACCUUAAGGAUGGAGUCACCUUGAAGGUCAACCUCUUGUCAGCAAAGGGCGAGAUCAGAGUCUAUCUCAAGAACGGCAACAAGGUCUGGGUUCAUCUAGAUGUUUAG